AUGAAUAAUACACCGGGGGAAACAAAAAAUGAGUUUUGGUACAGAAUUAAUGAGCAAACAUCAAUUAGAAGAAAUUAUAAAGAGAAUGAUUUAAUGCAAAUAUCAGAUUCAUACAAAACCAGAGGAAUUAAAAAUCAAUUUGAAGGACUAAUUUCAAGCUACUACCAAGAGAAUAACAGCAUCAAAAACUGUGUAAUGAAUGCAGAAUCUCAUAAAAACGCUAAAGAUAAGAAAAGAAUUGGAAAUAACUCUUCUAUUAGAUUUCACUCACAAUUCUUAAAUAUGAUGAAAAAAGGAUUAAUAUGUUUUUCAUGUGGUAGCAUUUUGAGAUCAAGCUUUGGGAGUAAAAUUUAUUCUGAUAUCAAUUCGAUUAAAACAUGUCCCAGUAACUCUGACGUUACAGGAUUUACAUGUAUUGUUGAAACAUGUGGAAGAUCUGUUUGUAAUCCCUGCCUACAGUUUUCCAGAGCACAUGAUGUACUUCUAUUCAACCUGGAGCUAAGUACCUGUAUUAUCUGUGAAUACCAAAAUGAGUAUAAUCAGCGAAAUUCUGUCAACCCAAGAGCUCCAAUAGAAUGGCAUUGGGCAUUUCAUACUUCUGAAGACCUGACUUUUCUUAGAAAAGUAAGAAGUGGUUUGAUGAAUGGAAAUGGACUACAUAUUGAACUGAGUGGAAAGCGUCAGGGAUGUUGGAGAAGAAGAAAAGAUGGGAAAAGAAAACACUUUAGUUUUAAACAACAUGGCGGCUUUUUUGAGAGUCGAGCUGUUGCUCUGGAAUUUAAGGCUGUUAAUAUAAAGACGGGAGAUCAGGAUUACCAAUCAGCUCCGCUAAUGAUUACUGCCCUUGGAGAAAGCUACUCUGCAAUAGUUCCUAGAAGAAUUCAUAGAGGAAACCAGAUACUUCAAAAUCAACAAAGAUUCAUUUUAAGCAGUAUUAAUGACGGAUCCUGCGCAAUUUGCUUUCAAAAGCAGGCCAAUAUUCGUCAAAAUGGAUGUAAAGAUACAAAAAACGAGUCAAGAUUUGUCAAUUGUGUUGCAUGUGGAAGAGUUUUCUGUAAAUUAUGUAUUUUAUAUAUCCAAAGCAGCAAUCCAUGUAGUCCUAUAGCUGCCAAUUUCUUAAGUGAGGAGCUCGUCUGUGCUCUGUGUCAACAUCUAACUGCCCAGCCAACUGAUAAGUUUGCUCACUUUAUUCACGAUUUCUGUUCUCUUUUGCCAUCAAAUACUCCACUAAUCAAGUUUGACAAGUACAACAUGAAAUGGAAAACUCCUUAUGGCUCUGUUAGCGUUGUAGAAUUUGGAGGGAUCUUAGAAUCCAGAAGGGAAGCUUAUUGUCAGCUUGAAACUGGGCAAAGCUUAGAGGUAACUUGUUCAUAUGAUAGGAACAUAUUCUAUGGUGAAAUAGGAAACAAGCUUGGCUACUAUACACAAUUUGCAAAAAAUGGGAUGUUGAGAGUCUACGGCCCAUUUGAGACCUAUGAUGAAGCUGGAAGAAGGUGGGACCUCGAUGCUCUUAAAUAUUAUGGUGCUGAGAAAGCAAUGAGAAAGGCGUUCUUCCCAAAAUUGUUAACUUGGCUUUCUCUUCCUCAAACUUUGCAGCGAUACUUCCUUGCUCCUUGGAUUGUAUGGUCAAUGGAUAAAGACGAGAACUGCCAGAAGUUUCAAAAAAAAGCUGGUCUUGGAACUAAUGCAAUUUCCAAAACAUAUGAUGUUAUAAUCAUUGGAGCUGGAGUUUCUGGUCUCAAGUCUGCAGAGACCCUACUCAAUAAGGGUCUCAAUGUCCUUGUGCUAGAAGCCCAAAAUAUUCCUUUUGGGCGAAUUUCCAGUUAUAGUCAAUGGACAAACCACAAAAAAAGACUUUCAAGUGAAAUAUGUUUUUACAGGGAAAAAAAAGACUCUAAAGAGAACUACAGAGAAACAGAGAAGAAAAAGAAUAACGAUCAAAUUACGGAAGAAUCUGUUAUUCAGCUUUCCGAAGAAACUGUUUCAAUUGCAAAUGAACUAAUCAGACUUUCUGUUGAGCUGCUUGAAGAAGUUGUAAUUGAUAUGUUUCAUCCUCUUUCAGCAGUUCUAGAGCCUCCUAUCAAAGAAUUUAUGUGCAAAAGUGGAAAUGAAUAUUUUGAAAAAGUUAAUCCUGCAAAACUUGUGCUUCAGAGAAUCAAGGAAUUUGGGGAAACAGUAAACUGGAGGUGGAUUCUUAUCAACUAUUGUCUACCACUUUCCUUGAAACGGCUAAAUAUAAAGAAUCUUUCCACAUCUUCAAAAAAAUACAUUGAAAAAGUAACAUGUGGAGACUAUGGAGAAAAUCUUUUCAAAAACAUAGAACAGUUUUACUGGGAAAGAUUACCGAGAUUUGUGGGGUUUGAAGAGCUCCCUUGGAGAGAGUAUUGGUGUUACCCAAAAAACAACUUUGAAAGAUUCAAAACUCCUGCUAAUAUUCUCCACUAUGUCCAACUACAGAAAGAAUCCCUUAUUGAAAGAAGCUUUGAUGAAUGUGAUCUUAUUGACUGUGAGCUACAAAAGCUAAUCCAAAAUAAUGAUAUACUUAAUAAUAUCCACUUUAAUAGUCCAGUAUCUGACAUACUGUAUAAUAGCGAGACAGACCAGGUUAAUGUUAGAGUUAGUAAUGGAACAUGGUUCAGCUCAUCCUGUGUUAUUUGUACUCUUCCUAUAGGAGUAUUAAAGAAGAGUUUUCAGUCAUCUGAGAAUAAUUCUGGUCAGGUAAAUGGGCUUCAAGGCCAAGUUUCUAAGAUAUCAGAAUCAAAGAAUUCCAUUAAGUUCAUUCCAUCGUUACCUUAUGAGACCAUAAGAUCUAUUAAGCUAUUGGAUAUGAGCAGCUACACAGAAUUAUUCCUCAAAUUAAAUAUUACUCCAAUUCUUUCAAACUCAGGCUCUACUCCAAGUACAAACAGCAACAUAAUCUCUAGCUCUCCAUCAUCCUUAACAUCAAAUUCCGCUAAAUGCGACAAGGAGCUUGACAUGUACUUUUCAAGUCUUGCAGAUAAAAUCCACCAUUUAGAUCACCCUUCCAUAACCAUGUACACCCAUAGAGAUAUCCCAAACACAAUUAUGUGUGGUAUUUCUGCUCCUUUAGCAGAAAAGCUAUCCUUCAAUAGAGGAUCAGAAUCUGAUUUUACUCCAAAUUCCGAAUCUUUGAGCUCCCAAGAACUUGCUAACAUCUGCUUUGAAUUACUUAAGGAGAUUGUUCCGAAAGAACUCGAAAUUGAGUUGGUAGACUUCUCUGUUAAGAGCUGGAAGGAUGACCCCUAUUACUUAGGAAGCAUUCCAAUCCACUCAAACAACAGCAAGGAGACUAACAUUAAUCAAUUAAUCAAGCCACACUUUGAGGGGCAUCUGUAUUUUGCAGGAGAUGGAACUACUGUCGAUGGGUUCGGUUCUAUUCAGGGAGCUCUUCUAAGUGCUAAAAGAGUAACUACCCAGGUUUCUCAAUUCCUAUCUAAUUAA